AUGAAGAACUGGUCUGAGCCCUUUAGCAUUCCAACAUUCUCUUAUGAUGUGGAACUGAAGCUGAAGAGAGGAAAUGAAGCAUAUGCCAAAGAUGGUUCCCGGAUAGAGGUCCUCAAGGGCCUCAAGAGUGAAAUCUUGGACAGACUUGUUGGAGAGAUGUUCAGAAUCGAUGCAUAUCCAUCACAGGUACAAAUUGAAGAAGUUGCCAAAGCAUUGGUAGAAAAGCAUCCCUGUUUAAGAGAGGUAGGGUCCACAGAUGGCUGGUACUGCUGGAAGUACAGUUUGAAUUUUAAAAUGGGCAAUUAUCGGCACAAGUUACGUGCUGCCGGGUGUACAGCAGUGUUGGUGAACAAGACUCGAAUGUUUGAAGAUGGGAAAACUAAGCGGAAGAUCAAGAAGCCAAGGCGAUCUGAAACCAACUUCCUUCCAGAUAUACCUGAUGAAGACACCUUUACUUCCCUUGAAGAGGACAGGAAGACACUUCUGAUGGAAUUUAAAAAGGUGAAUCCCAACAACAAGAUAAUUGAUGCAGCCAUGGCAAACACUUAUGCUUUGAGAAGAAAGGAGAUCGUUGAUGAUGAGCCUCUUGUGAGUGUGGUCAAAUCCAGAUGGCCUGCACUGUUAUCGGAGAGACAGAUCCUUGCGGAAUUCAGCCGUCUGAUGUCUACUGAUCUCCUGAGCUCCUUCUUUGGUGGACUUGAUGAAUAUCUGCCCAGGUUUCUUGACCUUUUCAGAAAAAAGGAUCACAUUGCAGAGCUCCAAGACAUUGCUAGAUGGCUGGACGCUCAUGAUUCCAAUCAGAAUAAGCGAACAGCAGUCUUACUUGGCAUGCCGCAUUUCCUUCGUGAAGAGCCCUCAAGCUUUCUUAAGACCUGUGAGCCAACUGAUCCAGUUGAAGAUACCUUGAAAGGAACCAGUGUCGGGAUCCUGAUUGUGUCUGAAGAGAUCGGCAGAUAUGUGGUCCCAAUCGAGACCAAUGACAUUUGUCUCGUCUUGGAGGAACAGCUGGCUGUCAUGAAUAUUUCUGAUAUUCCCAAGGCAUUCGGACUAAUGAUGGGUCUGAUGUAUGCGCUCAAUGUUGACUACCCAAAGCAUCUCAAAUAUACGUUUGAAGUAAUGCAAAAGCUUUUCUUGAAUGUCGGAGGGUGUAGCUGCUCUUCACGUGUUAAUGGUCUCCGUAACAGGCUGCUUUACAAAAAGUUGUAGUGCAGAAAUCUCCCCUAGCAUUUGGACUUGGUCUUCAGAUAUUUUUUUUGCUUUCAUAUUUGGACUUUGAAAGUGGAAACUGUUUGCCCCUUUAAAUGGCUCUUGGCAACUUGUUUUUCUGUUUUAUGCAAUGUAGCACAUGGGUUUGGUCCCGAAAGUGAAGGUUUUCUUUAUUCACUUUUGUAUUGUUUUGUGCCCUUUGCUCCCAUGUGUGGACUUUGAGAAUGUUAUCUAUGCUUAAAAGGGCAUAUUUUUUUUUUACAGUGUACCACCUGAAAGCAGGUUGGAGGGGUGGGGGGGAUGCGUGCGCGUGUUAAAAACAAAAAAACUGUCUUCAUUUGCCAGGAGGAUGUUUUGUGUUCACCAGAGGUUGCAAGCAGUAGGGUGUCCCCUAAUAGUCCUGUUCCACCGAAGGCCCUCUGAUGAUUGUACGUCGUGCGUGCGU